GCACGGUUCGUGAACGCGCACGGCCGCGUGCCUCCAGCCGGAGCGCGCUUAAACAGACAGUUUGACGUGCCUUCUUCCCAGAGUCGAGUGCGAGCUCAUCUGCAGCGUUUCCUCAUUUCACUGCAACGGGAAAAAAGGGUUGAGAAGGUUCACCAUGGGAAACCACUUCAGCAGAAAACGAGACGAGCCUGUCCCUAAGCAGAAGACUGCAGCAGAGGAGACUGCAGCAGGGGAGACUGCAGCAGGGGAGCCAGCCGCUGCUCAGCCAGCAGAAGAGGCUGCGAUAUCGUGCGCCCAAGAGGCCGUGGAGCCAAAGAAUCUAGAGGCAGUGGUGGGUGAGUGUGUGACACAGUUAGCGUGUCAAGGGGUAGAGGCUAUUGCUGUCUGCUCUGGGCUUACAGCUGAACCAGAGCCUGUUAAAGAGGAAACCCCAGCUCCAGCCCAACCCAACCUUCUGGACUCAAUCAGCGAACCAUCUCCUCCAGAACCAGAACCUGUCGCAGAACCAGAACCUGAACCUGUCGCAGAACCAGAACCUGUUGCAGAAGCUCUGAUUUCCCUAGCUCCAGAACCUACUCCUCAAGAAGAGCCUCUCUCAAAUCCCGAGGCGGAAGUUGAAGCUGUCUUGGAGCCCACCUCAGAGUUAUUACCAGUCCCGGCUGAGGCUCUGGAGAAAGCCACAGACAUGCUCACUGAGUCCUUCCCUGAGCCAGAGCUUUGCUCGCCUCCUUUGAUUGACCUGGGUGUCCCUGAUGUCACUCCCCAACCUGUUGAUACUCCUCCCUCCCCAGCUCCCACCCCUGACCCAGUCGAUGCAGAUGUACCCUCAGACAUCCCAGAGAGCGGGGAGUGCCUAGACACUGCUGAGAUGUCCACGUUUGAGCUGGAAAAGUCUGAGUCUCUGGAAAAGCCUGCGGAGGUGGUGGCCGCAGAGAAUAUGGAGCAGCUCGUGAGUCAUGUCGAAGAGGAAAACAUUAGUGGACUCCUGCAGAACUUGGCUCUGAAAGGAAAUGACCUCAUCCCCAUUGAUGUCCAGACCCCCGAUGACGCUCCCAUCACAGACAUCAACCUGUCUACCGACCUGAUUUGAAUCCAAUAAGUGAAAGAAGUGAAUAGCUAUUUUUUUCUGUGAAACACUUUUUAACCUUUAUCUUGACUUCUGACUUCACAAAUACAAUGUUUGAUUCCUCAUGUGUGCAGCCUAAUAAAGGGAAACGGUUAAUUUUCUCUUUCAAAAUGAACCAAAUGUGCCAAGUGAACAUAAUGAUGUCUAAAUACUGAUACAUUGAUGUUUUUGGAUACAUGUAUACUGCCAUAUAUUAUCUGUGGGUGACGAGUACAGGAGCUCAAGCAGGACAGGGGAUAUGCGUUCAAUUACGUUUCUUGAUGGACAACAGAGAUCUUCCUCUAUGCAAAAUUCCCAGGGCAAGAAUUUAAAUUUAUUUCUCAUAGGGACUUGAAGAAAGAGGUGCUGUUGCUUUAUGAAAACCUAAAAAUUAUAUAAUAGUGUAGUAAAUAAUCAUGUUUAUUGAGUGCAAAGGGAAAAGUAUGAGUUUUUUGAAGUGGAUAACCCAUUAAUUCAAAACGACAGGUAUAAGGGACAAAAGCAAUGCAACCAAAGAUGGAGACCAUUUAUGUAUCUGAUUAUAUAGUUUUCAGAUACAUAAGUUUUCAAUAGUUUUCAAUAAACAUUUUUGCUUUAAAACACUUGUUUGGAUUUUGCAAUAUUCCUCCAACAGGGAUGAAAGUCUUGUAUUUUCAGGUGUUUUUUUUAGAAUUAAAUUCGUGCCUUGGUUGUGGAAAUAAAAAUAUUUCAAGUG